UUCUGAAAAGUCACGAGCUACAGACCAGUUAAGAAAGCGAAAGUGAAAUCAGCUGACAGUGACAUCAGUCAGCACAAAUGUAGCAAAGUUCAGAGUUGUUUAUUUAAAACACCCUGGGAAGGCGAGCAGGGCAUCGGCUCAGGGCCGCCUCUCUCCUCUGCCCCGGUUUCUGGAGCCUGACGUUAGAAAACCAGCCAGAAGGAGAAUCAACUUUCCGAACCCGAUUUCCUGGCCAUCUCUGCAUGCGUGUUCCCGUGGGCUCUGCCCCUUCUUUCUAUUAGAAAACUAGGGAUGUGCCGUCUCUAAGGCUUUGUGGCUGGGAAAUGGAAAAGGAGCUUGAUUUGAGCCCAGCAGACAAAGCUGAGGCAGGCCCACUGCACAGAACCAUUAUCUUCACACUCCAACACAGCAAAUGAGAAGCAUGGCCACAGGUGCAAAGGACAGGAGAGAUGGCGCUCCCCAGGCUGUGGCGGCUUGGCCACCUGCCCUUUGUGGGCAUCAUGCUCCUUGUGGUGCUGGCUCUCUGCCUGAUGGUCUACGCUCUCCUCUGCAAGGCUGGCAACAUCAUUGACCUGCCCAACCUGAGGAUCGGCUUUUACAACUUGUGCGUGUGGAAUGAGGACCUGGGCUCCCUACAAUGUCACCAGCCCCGUGAGCUGGAGGCCCUGGGGGUGUCUCAGGUCGGCCUGGCCCUGGCCAGGCUUGGCGUGUACGGGGCACUGGUCUUCACCCUCUUUGUGCCUUUGACUCUCCUCCUCGCCCAGUGCAACGGUGACGAGGGGGAGUGGCAGCUGGCAGUGGUCUUCCUGGCGAUGUCCUCCAUGCUACUGGCCGGCGGCCUGGGCCUCUUCCUCUCCUGCAUGUGGAAGUGGGUCAGGCUCUCCCUCUUGGGACCUGGCUUUCUAGCUCUGGGCCUGGCCCAGGCCUCACUAAUCCUCUUGCUGAUGGCCACAGUUAUGUUCCCGCCAAGGGACAAGGCCAAGGGCAAGCUUGAGAGCUGCUAGUCUUAGCGAAAGGUUUAUGUGAUUGCAAGGGUUCGGUUCCAGCCAUAGUGACAGAAGGUGCCAGACAACCAGUGAGAGCACGCCUUCUCUGCUGUCUUGUUCCAUAGCCAAUGCUGGUCUCAGGCUCCAGCGGAAGGAACCACCCGCUGAGUAGUAGGGGCUACGGGGUCCAGCAGACCGAGGCAGCGUGGGUGGCUGGGCAGAUGGAGCUGCAGCUCCUUAGUGUGGAUCAUCCGUCCUUCACAAUUCUGGAGGACUUGGAAAUCCUGCAGCUCAUUCUCACGUGAAUUCCUGCUUUAAUUAACCAAGAUAGGCAAUUCCUACUGUAGCCUCAGGAGGGUGGGAGCUAAGGAUUCUUGUCACAUGCCAGAUGUCCAGGCUGAGUCACCAAAGUGCCAAACUGGACUAUUUAAAAACAGCGAGCACCUUACUUUUAGUGUAUCUCAGGCCUCUACGAUGGUGAACCUCUCACCAGGACUCCAUUUCCAAAAGGCCUGGAAUGACCUCUGAGGGAUGCAGCAAAGAAACACAGGGCACAAAGAGAAAACUUGCUGGUUUUGAAGGGUCCCUGAAAAGGCCCCAUGGAUGGACCUGAAGCCAGGCAAAGCAGGAACCAGCUGUCAAAUCUUUACUUUUGUGACACAGGACAUGCAAAGCCUUGAAGAAGUUGACCAGAACUGAAUGGACACACACACACACACACACACACACAC